GAGAGAGAGGGGGGAGUGAACGAAAAAAGCGGAGCGCGAGAGAGCAGGAAGGAAAAUAGAUUGAAGGAAGGAGAGGCUUUGCUAACAAGCAUUAUAUCUCAAGUUAGCCGCCGUGUUUAGCCUGAAAUGGUAUUUAGCCUGGAAGGUGGGAAACUAGUAGCGAACUGGUACUAGCAGAGCGCGAUUAAAAACCUCCACACCUGGUAGCCGAACUCAAAUAGAAAGGCUAUGCGCCAGCUGCAGAAUUCACUACCACCACCAUCAUCAUCAUCUUCCUCGUCGUCGGUGCCACUACCUUUAUCUUUUCCGUUGUAGAGAAAUGUAUUGCCUAUUCUGUAUGGAAGUCGGAUCUUACAGUUACUGACCAGCAUGGAGAUUGAGAAUAUAGUCGCCAACACGGUCCUGCUAAAGGCGAGAGAAGGAGGAGGAGGGAAGAGAAAUGGUCGCAGUAAGAAAUGGAAGGAGAUGCUCAAACUUCCCCACAUCAGCUUGUGUGAAGAGCUUCGACGCACCAUUGAUAGAGACUAUACCAGUCUGUGUGAGAAACAGCCGAUUGGUCGAUUGCUGUUUCGUCAGUACUGUGACACGAGGCCAGAGCUAAAACGCUGCAUCGAAUUCAUGGAUUCUGUGGCCCUGUAUCAGCUUGCCCCAGAUGAGAAGAGAAGGGAUUGUGGAAGAAAAAUGUUAGACACAUACUUUAACAACGGCUCAGCCGCGCGGUUGCCAGAUAUACCUCAGGAGUUGUUGGCGGAGUGUCGAGACAAGCUGGAACAGACGCCGUGCAAGGAGCUGUUCAACGACUGCUGCAAGAUUGUUGGGGAGUAUCUGAGUGGAGCUCCUUUCUCCUCCUACCAGGAGACCAUGUACUUCUCCCGUUUUCUGCAGUGGAAGUGGCUGGAGAGGCAGCCGGUAACCAAAAACACCUUCAGGCAUUACAGAGUACUGGGAAAAGGUGGAUUUGGUGAGGUGUGUGCCUGUCAGGUUCGGGCCACAGGUAAGAUGUACGCCUGUAAAAAACUGGAGAAGAAACGAGUAAAGAAGAGAAAAGGUGAAGCCAUGGCACUUAACGAGAAACGCAUUUUAGAAAAAGUUAACAGUAGUUUUGUAGUUAGUUUAGCCUAUGCGUAUGAGACGAAGGAUGCUUUAUGUUUAGUAUUGACCAUAAUGAAUGGAGGAGACCUGAAGUUCCACAUCUACAACAUGGGGAACUCGGGCUUCGACGAGCAAAGGGCUAUCUUCUACGCUGCCGAGAUCUGCUCUGGGCUAGAAGACCUGCACCGGGAGAGAAUAGUCUACAGGGACUUAAAACCUGAAAACAUUCUUCUAGACGACCGUGGGCACAUCCGUAUCUCUGACCUGGGGUUAGCGGUCCAGAUUCCAGACUCCGAGACGAUACGAGGGAGAGUAGGCACCGUUGGAUACAUGGCCCCGGAGGUGAUCCAGAACGAGCCGUACUCCUUCAGUCCCGACUGGUGGGGUCUGGGCUGCCUGGUGUUCGAAAUGAUCCAGGGACAGUCGCCUUUCCGCCGGCGCAAAGAGCGGGUCAAGAGGGAAGAGGUGGACCGACGGGUCCGGGAGGUUCCAGAGGAAUAUUCUGACAAGUUCUCUGAAGAGGCCAAGGACAUCUGCAGACAGCUGCUGGCGAAGGACCCGAAGGUGCGUUUGGGAUGUCAGGGGGGAGGAGGCGCGGAGGUGAAGGCACACACCAUCUUCAGGAACAUUAACUUCAAACGUCUGGAGGCGGGCAUACUGGAACCCCCCUUCAGCCCUGAUCCCCGGGCGGUCUACUGUAAGGACGUCCUGGAUAUAGAGCAGUUCUCUACGGUGAAGGGGGUCAACCUGGACCCCACGGAUGAUGACUUCUACCACAAGUUUGUGACAGGGAGUGUCUCCAUCCCCUGGCAGAAUGAGAUGAUUGAGAUGGAGUGUUUUAAGGAGAUAAACGUCUAUGAGACGGACGGCCUGUUGUGUUCAGACCUGGAUGUGAACCGGCCCAACCCACCACCAAAGAGAGGCUUCUUCUACCGGCUGUUCAGACGCGAGGCAAGUGCUGCUAACACCCCUCCCGCCGCCGUGAGAGGGGGUGGGGGCUAAGGUCUGUUUUAAGAGUGGCUACGAAGACGAAGAGCGCGAGGAGCCUUCGCAACUCUAAACCACUUUUCUUCUCCUUCUCCCCCC